AUGAGUCUCAUUCAACAAUAUCCACUCGUGGUCUCUGCAACCAUUGUCAACUUGGUUCAAUACUUGUACACUGGAUUCAAAGUAGGAACUAGUCGAUCAAAGUAUGGCGUUAAGGCUCCAGCAACUACUGGACAUCCAGAGUUUGAAAAGCUCUAUCGUAUUCAAAUGAAUGGUCUUGAAUUCUUACCCGUGUUUUUGUCAUCUUUAUGGCUCUCUGCUCUUACUUCACAAAAUGAUAAACUAAGUGGUGCUUUGGGAUUGACCUAUGCUCUGGGAAGAGUGGUUUAUGGACUCGGAUAUCCCGAAAAGAGAGCACCAGGAUUUUAUAUCUUCUUUUUGAGCGUUAUUGGCUUGUUGGGUGUGUCUGUUUAUCAAUUUAUCAAAAAUUAA